AUGAAAGAGAAGAACCAAAAUUUCUUCUUUGAGCUUAACCUUGAAGGCGAUCACUGCAUUAAACAUGCAUUCUUUGCCGAUGCAAGAAGCAGGGCUGCAUUUGAGUAUUUAGGAGACGUGGUUUCAUUUGACACCACCUAUAACAUAAACAGAAACUGGAACGAUUUCCUUACAAAGUAUGGCCUCGAAGGCAACAAGUGGCUUUUAGAGCUAUACAAGGAUUGGCAUAUAUGGAUUCCAAUGUACUUGGAUCACCACUUCUGGACCGGAAUGAGAAGGACACAAAAGAGCGAGAGCAUGCAUUCAUUUUUCAACAAGUUCAUCACACGGAAUAGCUCCUUGCGACAAUUUGUGAAGCAAUACGACAAUUGCCUAGCAAGUAGAGAGCAAGCAGAGAGAGAAUUUAAUGCUGCAGAUUUUUACAGUGUGAUACCCUGCGCAACAAAAUCAGUAAUAGAGGCACAAUUUCAGCAUGUUUCUAACUCCACAUUCAACAGGUUUGUCGUCACCUACGACGCAGUAUCACGAGAUGUGAAGUGCCAUUGCUUGCUGUUUGAGUCUAGGGGCAUAUUGUGCCGCCAUUCGCUAAGUGUCCUAAGCUUUGAGCGAGUGGAUAACGUGGCACCGAAAUACAUAUUGGAACACUGGAGAAAGAAUAUAAAGAAGAGGCAUACACACUGGUGCACAAAAAUGUGA